AUGGAGAGGCGAGCCGUCCUAGCAUUCGUCGAAGGUGUAUAUUCGGCGUACUAUGACAACGUCACAAUGUCGACAGACGGACACAAAUCACUUCUCGAAUCCUCUGAUUUCCAUGGAAUCCAUGUGUUUGCGGAUAACGAAACCAGCAAAAAUGUUGUCAAGUAUUUUCUAAGGCCGAGCUACGAUCAGGAAUCGGUCUGCUAUUAUCUACUAAUCUGA